UUGAAAUGACUGUAUCGCCAAACCCACGAAGAAACUCUGCGGAGGAAGGAGAGGCCUUCCUACCACACACUGACCCUCCAGAUGCUCCGCUGCGCCCCGCGAAAAAGAAACCAUGGCUCCUGCUCAUAGGCCUCGUCUUCGCCCUCAUCACGUUCAUCGACAUAGGCGCGUACCUCGCCGACCCGCCUCAAACGCGCAUCUUCGAAGCAAACCUGUGUCUCAAAUACUACCUCGAGCAGGAUCCCUCGGUGAUAGAGGCUGACGGAACUAUACCAGAGAAGCUGUGCAAGGUCGACAUAGUGCAGCAGAGACUAGCCAGCAUCAUGGGAUGGGCAGAAAUGUUCAUGGCGCUGCCUGGCCUCUUAUUGGCCAUUCCGUAUGGGACUUUGGCUGAUAAGAUAGGCAGGAAAUGGAUCUUUACAGCGAGUUUGGUGGGCAUUGUGCUCAACUUUGCUUGGUCCCUGUUAAUAUGCUACUUCACAUCCCUUCCCCUGGAACUGACCUGGUUCUCCAGCGCAUUUACCAUAAUUGGAGGCGGCCCUUUUGUCGCCAUCGCCAUCGGGCUCACCAUGAUUUCCGAUAUCGCGCCUGCGGAGAAGCGCACUACACUCUUUUUAUACUUGACUGCAUGUAUCUUGCUGGCUGAGAUGGUUGCACCCAUGAUGGCAUCGUGGCUCAUGGAGUAUGGAGAUUGGCUGCCCCUGCUACUGGCUUUUGGGUUUCAGGUGGUCGGUGUCUUUGUGUCGCUAUUUAUCCCAGAGACUCUGCACAUGCGCGACUUGCCAGAACCUAAAGACACCGAUGGCCAAAACAUUGAGAUGCAACAAAUGGGGGGUAUGUUUUCAAUGCGAUCGCAAUUACACAACUUUCAGGGGGCGAUUCAGUUUUUGAGAGAUGAUUGGACGCUCGCCCUGGUCGUCUUUACGUUCUUGGCAAACAGGCUUGGGAGACAGUCCAUUUCCCUUUUGGUGCGGUAUGCGUCGAAGCGCUACGGUUGGGAAAUCAAGAAAGCAGCAUACUUGCUGUCGUUCCGGGCAGCAGCUAACCUCGGAUCCGUCAGCGUUGUCCUUCCACUGAUCAACUUUCUUCUUUUGAAAAAGCUACACUUUCCAGCGCACCGAGCUGACAUGUGGAUUGCAUGUGGUUCCAUCACACUUACAACCAUUGCGCUUUUUGCCAUGGGCAUCGCUGCGCAUCCUGGACUACUGAUCAUUGGUCUUCUGAUAUACAACAUGGGCUCUGGCUACACUGCAGCUAUGCGCUCCAUCUCUAUCCAUGUCAUCGGGGGCCAGUCAAGUCCCAACAUAGGCAAAUUGAUGAGUACCAUUGCUAUGGCCGAGAGCUUUGGCGCAAUGAUUGGCGGACCGCUGCUGAAUGAAUUAUUUCAGGUGGGCAUAGGCUUUGGUGGCAUGUGGCUGGGUCUGCCAUUUUUGGGCUCUUCUCUCGUGUAUUUCUUCAUGACCUUUGUAACAUUCUCUAUCGACGUGAAGGACCAGAAGACUGGUUAUGUAGAGGUGCGUGGUGACGACGAAGACUUGUUCUAUGGCGAAGGGGGUGGCUCGUUGCAGCUGCGCUAGUAGGCAACUGGCCAGAAAGAGACUUUGUGAGGACUGUUUAGAAUGCGUUGUUUGAUCUAGAUAUUUACUAGCCGGGUCUAUAUUUUCUUUUGGGCGAGAGGAAGAUGGAUGAUAACGCGCCGGUGACCGACUUAACGAGGG